ACUUUUUUGUAUCGAAGGAAUCAACAGCCGCCAUCUUGUCGUGGCUCGGAAUUAGGAUUUCGGUCCAACAGUGGUUUUUACGUAGAAAUCGAGCAUCCUUUCCGUGAUAUGACAGCGUCCUUCCUCAGAAAACGAAAUCUUAACAUCGCAUCGGAGACAUUUUGUGCGAAAAAACGGGGAUUGGAUCGGUGGUCGUCGGGGAAAAAAGCUCCGUAUAUCUGAUUUCCCCUUCAGAGUGCGGCGAUUCAGCCCCUGUCGCCGUUCGGGAGCAGUAUUGUUUACCGUGGGCAAGCCAAGACCAGGUCGUGACUUUCGAAGUGAUUUGCAAAUAUACAGCAUUUUUAUGCAAUUGUGCAUUUUUGUGGAGCUUCGCGCGAUUUUUGCAUGAAGAAAUUUGACGUCACGCAAAAUGGGUACUUGGAACAUUUAGAAAUAACGACCUCUCCCCCGGAAUGCAGCAGGCCAUCUAAUUUAAUUGGAUCGUUUCACUGAAGUUCGAUUUUUACAUGGGGAAUAUUUUAUUUGGGGUUAUUUAACGAUAAUAAUGUGGGUGUUGGGUGUUGGAUUAUCAUGGGGUGAAUGGCGGUGGCGAAGCGGGGCGCUAUUGCAUCUCUUUUGAAAGGCACCGACUCUCACAGCACGGAGUAGCUAACGCUAACAGUUAACUUAGCUAGUAGCAGGCAAUUAGCUAGCUAUUAGCCAGUUAGCCAACGUUAGCAGGCUUCAGCUUGCUAAUGUGCUAACCGGGAAGGUUGAUAUAACUUACCUGCCGUAAGGUUACCAUAGUUAUCUACUUAGCAACCAACUGGACACGAUAGCAACCAUGGCUGAAAACCUGCUGGACGUUGGACCUCCCAACUCAAAGCGGCCGAAGCUGAAUUCACCUGCCCUGUCAGCGUCCGAUGGACCAGAUUUGGGGUCACUAUCCUGGGAUGAUUUGGAGAACGACCUUCCAGAUGAAUUGAUCCCCAAUGGAGGAGACCUGAGCUUAAUGGGUGGGAUGCCUUCAAAUGGCGGAGCAACACCUGGAGCUGGUGGGCCAGGUGGCGCCUCUGUGGGCCUUGGCGGCGGCCCUGUCGUCCCUGAUGCAGCCGCUAAGCACAAGCAGCUCUCUGAGCUCCUUCGAGCAGGCAGCACCUCCAGCAUCACAGGCGCUGGAUUAAACUCAGCGAGUCCUCAGCCAGGUGCGAUGGGGCCUCAGCUGGGCACACUAGGAAAGAGCCCCCUAGGCCAGGGCUCCCCCAACAACCACCCAUCCCCUCAGGCCCAGAAAGCAGGAACACCAACCGGAGUAGCAGGACAGAACAACAACAAUAAUACAGCAACAAUGGGCCUGAACACAACAGGCUUUAACCAAGCCAUGAUUAACAAUAACCAGGGCCAUGCUGCGCUGAUGGCCCAGGGGGGGCAACCUCAACCUGGGCAGGUGAUGAAUGGUGGCCUAGGACCUGAGGGUGGAAGGGGACGAGGAGCAGGGGUGGCAGGCAUGCAGUACCAAGGGCAAACAAUGCAGGGCACUGCACCAGGACAAGGAGGAGCAGGAAGUGCAUUGGCAGAGACACUGACCCAAGGAGGGCAGCAGAUGGGGGCUCAUGCUUCCCUCAGUGCAGCUCAGCAAGCAGGCAACAUGAACAAGAUGGGCUUGGGCAGCAACGGGGGUCCAUUUGGGGCCCAGCCCUAUGGUCAGGGGGCCACAGGGCCUGGUCAGCAGUUAAACCCUCAACAGCAGCUCCAGAACAAGGCUGCCCUCGCCAACAGCCUGCCGCCCUUCCCCAACGAGCUCAAAGGGGCCGCUGUGUCAAGCGUGCCCAAUAUGCAGCUCCAGCAGCAGCCGCAGCAGCAACCGAUGCUCCCACUGGCUGGAGGCGGAGGUGUGGCGGUGCCUUCAGCGGGCCCCACAGCAGACCCUGAGAAACGCAAGCUGAUCCAGCAGCAGCUGGUUCUGCUGCUUCACGCACAUAAGUGCCAGCGGCGGGAGCAGGCCAAUGGGGAGGUGAGGGCCUGUGCCCUGCCUCACUGUCGCACCAUGAAGAACGUCCUCAACCACAUGACCCACUGUCAGGCCGGCAAGUCCUGCCAAGUGGCUCACUGUGCAUCAUCCAGACAGAUCAUCUCACACUGGAAAAACUGCACACGACACGACUGUCCCGUCUGCCUGCCCCUAAAGAACGCCAGCGACAAGCGCACCCAGCAGCCCAUGCUGAGCUCCCCAAAUGCAGGCCUCCAGAACCCCAUGUCCUCAGUUGGUGUGGGCCAGCCCAGUGCUCCCACCAUCAAUACCUCAGCCCCUAUAGACCCCAGCUCCAUGCAGAGAGCCUACGCAGCACUCGGGCUGCCCUACAGCAGCCAGGCCACCGGACAGGCCCAAGCCCAGCAGGCAGCAGGCCCAGGACAGACGGCAGGUGCUCAGAAUGCACAGGCACAGCAACAACAGCAGCUCCCACAGCAGAUGAGACCCAUCAAUGCACUUGGUAACCAGAUGGCUCUUGGAGGUGCGACGAUGGGUGUGACAACUUCAGAUCAGACGAACCUGCACACAGACUCUCUUCCAAACACACUCAACACUAACAAUCAGCUGCUGUCAGACGGGUCAGCUGUUGGCUCGAUGGGUAACCUCCCCACAGCAGCACCCAUCUCUGCCACAGGAACCCGGAAAGCGUGGCAUGAGCAUGUCACUCAGGACCUGCGCAAUCACCUCGUACAUAAACUAGUACAAGCCAUAUUCCCCACCCCUGACCCGGCAGCUUUGAAGGACAGAAGAAUGGAGAACCUGGUGGCCUACGCUAGAAAGGUGGAGGGGGACAUGUACGAGUCUGCCAACAGCCGGGACGAGUACUAUCACUUCUUGGCUGAAAAAAUCUAUAAAAUCCAAAAGGAACUGGAGGAGAAACGACGCUCAAGGCUACAAAAACAGAUCAUCAACCAGGCACCUAUGGCCGCCCAGGGGACGCAGCAGCCCGGCCUUCCCCAGCCCAAUGCCUUCGGCCCAAGGCCACAGAAUGGACCUGUUCCCCUUCCAAACAUGCCAAAUCAAAUUAUGAAUCGCAUGCAGGUUUCACAAGGAAUCAACCAGUUCAACCACAUGGCUUUGCCCAACGCACAGAUAUCCCAGGCACCUAUGGGAGCAAGAGCUGCCUCCCCCAUGAACCACCCGCAGCAAAUGAACAUGAGCUCCGUCCCAGCGAUGGGAAUGUCUCCCUCCAGGAUGCCCCAGGCUCAGGGCAUGAUGGCCGGGCAUGGUGGUGCUAACAUGGUGGGCCAGACGGCAAGCCAGGGGCAGUUUAUGGCUCAGACUCAGUUUCCUCCUGGAUCUGCUGCGGUCGCUGCAACAGGCACCAUGAAUGUCACUGUGGGGCCGAACAUGGGCCAACCACAAGCACAGGCUGCUGUCACUCAGCAGCAGCAGCAGCAGCAGCAGCAGCAGAGCGCUAACCUCCCCAUGAAUGCACUUGGCCCCUCACUGGGCCCUCAGCUAGCCUCCUCCCAAACCCCUUUGCACUCCACGCCUCCGCCUGCCGCCUCCUCCGCCUCCACAGCUGCGGGGGCCACUAACCUGCCGCACCCCCAGCCCUCCAGCCGCAGCUCCACCCCCACCCUCCCUGGCCCUGCCCCAGCCCCGGGUGCCACCCCACCCCGCCCCACCCAGCCCCAACCCCAGGCGGAGCUCCCCGCGGCAGCACAGACGCAGCCCCCACCUCAGCCCCCUACCACACCGCUGUCUCAACAAGGAGCCAGUCUGGAGAACAGAGUGCCCACGCCGGCCUCAGCCGCCAGUGCUGACCUACCUGCCCAGGAGGUCAAAGCAGAGGCACAACAUGACCAACAGGAGUUUGAGGCUGCUGGCGGCAAAACUGAGCCCAAGAUGGAGACCGAGGAUGACUCUUCAUCAACACUGGUGAAGAAAGAGGAGCCAGAGGAGAAGCCGGAGCCGAUGGAGGUGGAAGAGAAAAAGCCGGAAAUGAAGACUGAACCCAAAGAAGAGGAAGAGGGUGGAGCUAACAGCACAACCUCCUCAUCACCCUCUCAGUCACGGAGGAAAAUCUUUAAACCUGAAGAGUUGCGCCAAGCUCUUAUGCCCACUCUGGAGUCUCUGUACAGGCAGGACCCUGAGUCCCUGCCCUUCAGACAACCAGUUGACCCAAUGCUUCUAGGAAUCCCGGAUUACUUUGACAUUGUGAAGAAUCCCAUUGACUUGUCCACAAUAAAGCGUAAGCUGGACACAGGUCAGUACCAGGAACCCUGGCAGUAUGUAGACGAUGUUUGGCUAAUGUUCAACAAUGCCUGGCUCUACAACCGCAAGACGUCCCGGGUCUACAAGUUCUGCUCAAAGCUGGCCGAGGUGUUUGAGUCCGAGAUCGACCCCGUCAUGCAGGGCCUGGGAUACUGCUGCGGAAGGAAGUACGAGUUCUCCCCUCAAACCCUCUGUUGCUAUGGCAAGCAGCUCUGCACCAUCCCCACUGGAGGCACAUACUACAGUUACCAGAACAGGUAUCAUUUCUGUGAGAAGUGCUUCAAUGAGAUCCAGGGAGAGAGCGUGACGUUAGGAGAUGAUCCUGCACAGCCACAGACGAUGAUAUCAAAGGAACAGUUUGAGCGAAAAAAGAAUGACGUUCUUGACCCUGAACCGUUUGUUGAAUGUAAAGACUGUGGACGGAAGAUGCACCAGAUAUGCGUUUUACACUACGAGGUUAUUUGGCCGUCUGGAUUCAUCUGUGACAACUGUUUAAAGAAGAGUGGAAAAACACGGAAGGAGAACAAGUUCUCUGCAAAACGCCUGCAGUCGACACGAUUGGGAAUGUACAUAGAGGACCGUGUGAAUAAAUACUUGAAGAGACAGAACCAUCCAGAGGCAGGAGAGGUGUUUGUGCGAGUGGUGGCGAGCUCUGACAAAACGGUGGAAGUUAAACCAGGCAUGAAAACCAGGUUUGUGGACACAGGUGAAAUGCCUGAGGCCUUUCCCUACAGAACCAAAGCACUUUUUGCCUUUGAGGAGAUUGAUGGUGUAGAUGUGUGCUUCUUUGGAAUGCACGUGCAGGAGUAUGGCUCUGAGUGCCCAUUCCCAAACACUAGACGGGUCUACAUAUCAUACCUUGACAGUAUUCACUUCUUCAGACCUCGGACUCUACGUACAGCAGUUUACCAUGAGAUCCUCAUCGGCUAUCUGGAAUAUGUCAAGAAGCUAGGCUAUGCCCAAGGACACAUUUGGGCAUGUCCCCCUAGCGAAGGAGACGACUACAUCUUCCACUGCCAUCCUCCCGAUCAGAAGAUCCCCAAACCGAAGAGGCUGCAGGAUUGGUACAAGAAGAUGCUGGACAAGGCUUAUGCAGAAAGGAUCUUGCAUGACUACAAGGACAUCUUCAAACAAGCGACAGAAGACCGCCUGACAAGUGCCAACGAGCUGCCAUACUUUGAAGGCGAUUUCUGGCCCAAUGUGCUGGAGGAGAGCAUCAAGGAGCUGGAGCAGGAGGAGGAGGAAAGGAAAAAGGAGGAGAACACAGCAGCCUCUGAGACUCCUGAGGGCACACCAGGUGACAGCAAAAACGCUAAGAAGAAGAACAACAAGAAGACCAAUAAAAACAAAAGCAGUGUGAGCCGAGCCAAUAAGAAGAAGCCUGGGAUGCCGAAUGUAGCCAAUGACCUGUCCCAGAAACUCUACGCCACCAUGGAGAAGCACAAAGAGGUGUUCUUUGUGAUCCACCUCCACUCUGGUCCCAUGGCCAACACCCUACCGCCCAUCGUUGACCCUGACCCCUUGCUCUCUUGUGACCUAAUGGAUGGCCGUGAUGCUUUCCUGACGCUGGCCAGGGACAAGCACUGGGAGUUCAGCUCUCUCAGGAGGUGCAAGUGGAGCACCAUGUGCAUGCUGGUUGAGCUGCACAACCAGGGACAGGACCGCUUUGUCUACACAUGUAAUGAGUGCAAGCACCAUGUAGAGACACGCUGGCACUGCACUGUUUGCGAGGACUUUGAUCUGUGCAUUAGUUGUUACAACACGAAGGGGCACGAGCACCAGAUGGUGAAGUGGGGUCUUGGUCUGGACGACGACAACAACAGCCAGAGCGGAGAGGCCUCCAAGAGCCCACAAGAGAGCCGGCGCCUGAGUAUCCAGCGCUGCAUCCAGUCGCUGGUCCACGCUUGUCAGUGUCGCAACGCCAACUGCUCCCUGCCGUCCUGCCAGAAGAUGAAGCGAGUGGUGCAGCACACCAAGAGCUGCAAGCGCAAAACCAAUGGUGGCUGCCCUGUAUGCAAGCAGCUUAUUGCUUUAUGCUGUUACCAUGCAAAGCACUGUCAGGAGAACAAGUGUCCCGUCCCGUUCUGCCUGAAUAUCAAGCACAAGCUCCGCCAGCAGCAGCUGCAGCACCGCCUCCAGCAGGCCCAGCUCAUGAGAAGAAGGAUGGCCACCAUGCAAGGCCGAACCAUGCCGCUACCCUCCCCACCGGCCACAGCUGCUCCCAACACUCCCACAUCCCACCCCCAGCCCAACACUCCCCAGACGCCCCAGCAGCCCCUUUCCAACCAACCACAGACCCCCAAUUCAGCCGGUGUAAUGUCCCCUUCUUUCCCUACCGCCCCUCGCAAUGGCCAGCCCCAGGCUCCAGUGUCUCAGGGCAAGCCAGGACCCCAAGCCUCCCCUCUGCACCAGCAGCAGUCCCCCCUCCCCCAGCAGCCCCAGCCCCCACAGCAGCUUCAGCAGCAGCCACCCCUCGCAGCAGUAAAGAUGGCGCGUCAUAUUGAGAUGAUGGCUCAGGCCCAGCAGAACCAGCAGAACUACAGGGUCAACAUGAACGGCCUGACCAUGAACCCGCAGCAGCAACAGCAGCGCAUGACUGGGCCGAUGCAGCCACCGAUGCAGAUGGUGCCGGGGCCCCGGGGACCUCAGGUCAUGCAGCCAGGCAUUGCCCCAGGACAGUGGCCUGUUGCUGCAGGACCAAUGCAGGCAGCUCAGAACCAACAACCAGGCCUUGUUCCAGGGCAGACUCCCCAGCAACCCAUGACCAUGCAGAGGGCCAUGAUGGCUCCUGGGCAGCAGCCUCAAACCGGCCCAAGGAUGAUGAUUCCCCAGCAGCCGGGUGCUCGGCCUCAGACACCCCAAAGACCGGGUGCUAUUGCCCCCAAUGCCCUGCAAGACCUGCUCCGUACUCUCAAGUCUCCCAGCUCGCCCCAGCAGCAGCAGCAGGUCCUAAACAUCCUGAAGUCCAACCCUCAGCUGAUGGCUGCUUUCAUCAAACAGAGGACAGCCAAGUACCACGCCAACCAGCCCCAGCAGCAGCAGCAACAGGCAGCGCAGCAGCAGCAGCCCGGUAUGCAGGCAAUGCAGGCCAUGGCCAUGCCAGGGGGCGCUGUGCAGAGGCCAGGGAUGCCCCCUCAGCAGCCCCAGCAGCCUCCUGCUCAGGGCAUGGCUGCAUUAGGGGCCCAAGGGCAGCUGAUGAAUGCAGCACACAACACCACCCCUCAGAUUCAGGAGCUGUACCGCCGGCAGCUCCUACGGCAGCAGCAGCAACAGCAGCAGCAGCAGCAGGGAGUGAUGCCUCAGGGCCAUCCGGGACAGUUCCCCGCUCAGGCGCAGGGCACAGCAGCUACAUACUCCCAGCUCCGCAUGCAGCAGCAGCAGCAGCAGAUAGCCAUGCAGGCGGGUACAGGAACAGCUGGGGGUCCCAUGGGUCAUCUCUCACCCAUGGCUCAGAUGACGCAGCCUGGGAUGGGGAUGGACUCCACUCAGAACUUACUGCAUCAGCGGCUGCUCCAACAACAACAGCAGCAGCAGCAGCAGCUCCCCCCUCAGCAGCAGGCCGUCCUCAAGCAGCAGAUGGGCUCUCCCGCCCAGCCCAGUCCCAUGAGCCCCCAGACCCACCUGCUGGCCGGCCAGCCCCAAGGUGGAGCCCACCUCCCAGGUCAGCCCACACUAGCCAACACCCUCAACAACCAGGUCCGCUCCCCUGCGCCGGUCCAGUCCCCCUGUCCGCCCUCACAGCAGCAGCCUCAGCAGCAGCGUCCACAUUCCAGCCCCUCGCCACAAGUUCAGAGCCAGCCGCAACCCUCGCCACAGCACCCUCACCCACCCCACUCGGCUUCCCCGCACCCAGGUCUGGGAGGCCCACUGUCAGCAUCCAUGGAGCAGGGACACUUGGGGACGCCGGAGCAGAGCGCCAUGCUACCGCAGCUUAACACGCCCAACAGAGGGGGUCUGAACAGUGACUUGGGGAUGGUGGGAGAUGCUACAGGGGACACUUUGGAGAAGUUUGUGGAGGGAUUGUAGCAUUUCUGCUGGGAACUGAAGAACGCAGUGUCGCUCCCAGGGACCCCUCCUCCCACUCCUCUUCGUCCUUGUUCUCCCUCAGACUCUUUUCCCCGUCAGAGGGCUUUGUUUGUUCUUUCUAAGGUUAAAAACUUUUUUGUACUGACAUGUAAAAAGUUUCAACUGUUGUAAAAAGAAAAAAGAAAAUUUGGUUGCAGAAAAACAAAAAAGACAACACUUUUAGGGAAUGUAACUGUUUCCUAAACCCAGCUGAUGGGUAUUUUCUUCCUUAAGAUGUUUGAGGGAUUUGCAAGUUGCUUCUUAAAUGAAAUUUAAAUCACAAAGAAUAUAUUUUUUGUUUGAGACCAAAUCUGUUCAAUUACUCAAUUUAUUUUUGGUUUGUUUUUGGUAUGGUUUCAUGCCUUUCUUGUUUCUUUUCUUCAGUUUUUUUAAGAAAAUGUAAAAUUGCAUUAUAUUAUUCAUAUCUUUUUAUUUUGUACCUUUGGAAAAGAAACUUAAAGCAUAUUUGUGUUGAAACUGUAAAAUAAUUUGUCUGGGAAUUGCACCAGGUUUUGUUCUCUUCUCAAGCUGUCAUUGCUGGCAAUUGUAAUCUAGUGUUGUACCAUUACUCCAAGAUGUUGCGUUCAGGGACAGUUCCCCUCCUCUUUGUGUAUGAAGAGCACUCAGUUGUAUUAAAAUAGGAAACGGACUGCGGGCAUGUUAGCAGGCGCACAUGAAGACACUGACACAAAGUCACACAGUCACUAAAGUAACUACACCUUGACUGGUUUCACAAACAAGGACUGCAGCUGCAUCUCAGUGGCUUGGAAGUUUAAAAAAAAAUCUGUCUUGCUGGUGUAGAAAAUUGUUGCUUUGACAUUAAAAAAGAAUUUGUCAUACUUUUUUUGUCAUACAAAUGUUGUAAAGUGUAAAGAGAGAGUGAGAAAGAGGCCAGCCCCCUACGCUGAGGUGGAAUGAUCGGCGGUUGUUUGUAGGCCACACCUCGGACCACCCCCACAUCCUCUAAAUAUUACACCAAGCUGUGUGCGAUUUAGGGAUGAAGGGCACGUUUGAGAUUCACCCCGAGGAAAACUAAAUGUUAUCAACCCUCAUUCCUCUCUCACAAAAACUUGAACUGGGGGGGAUUUACUUUUUCUCCUAUUGUAAAUCAAGCUAUUAAGCAAAAUACUAUAAAUAUAAGGAAGAGAGAAUGAAAUCACUGUAUAAACUGGUUAAAGACUCAUUUCUUACUUGUAUACCAUAUUGUUAAAUAAACUGUGUGCAACAGAAGAGCAGUACUCUGUUGUCUGAAUGA